AUGAUCACAGACGUGCAGCUCGCCAUCUUCGCCAACAUGCUGGGGGUCUCCCUCUUCCUGCUGGUCGUCUUGUAUCACUACGUGGCUGUCAAUAACCCAAGAAGCAGGAAUGACGAGGGGCCCGGUGUCAGGAUGCUGAAUCGGGUAAGAUGUGUGUGUAUACGUUGUGUUGGUGGCAGACUUGUCUGA